AUGGCACCUGCUGCCUCGCCUGCCGCGCCCAGCUUCUCGUCGGCAGAGCACCUCCUGUCCAGCUUCGAGUUCGACCGCGUCCUGAGCGAGGACUCGCGCGCCAUCGUGGCCUACCUGCUCGGUACCGCAGUGCCCGACAGCACGCAAGACCGCGUGCCGUGCAUCCUCAAGGUCGAGAAGACGCCUUUCGCCCCGGGCGAGGCCUCGUCGCUCGCGGCGAGAGACGUCUGGCAGCAGCUGCAAACGGUGACGACCAACGACGUCUACUCGACCUCGCUCGCGUGGUUCGCUCCCGGCCGCUCGACUGCCGAUGUCCAGCUCUCGUCCAUCUGCCCUGCCACCGACAAGCACGUCAAGAAGUACAGUGUCCAGGAGUCGCGGCUGGUCCGCGAGACGCCCGACCUGUACGAGCGCGUCGUCAAGCCCUACAUGGACAGCCUCCCCUUGUCGACUGUCGGGUGGGUGUACAACAUCCUCGACGGCGUGGCCGAGGCCGACAACGUCCUGUACCGCGACGACGACCCUGAAACGGGCUUUGUCCUCACACCCGACCUCAAGUGGGACCAGAAGACCAUGUCGGCGCUCUACCUCCUCGUCCUGUCGCAGGAUCGCACGAUCCGCUCUCUGCGCGACCUGCGGCCGCAGCACCUUCCCUUGCUGCGCAAGAUUCGCGCCGAGAGCGAGCGCGUCGCUGUCGAGCGAUACGGGAUCGACAAGGGCGAGCUGCGCUUCUUCGUGCACUACCAGCCGACUUACUAUCACUUCCACGUCCACGUCGUCCACCUCUCCUACAUGUCCUUCUCGGGCAUCACGGUCGGCCAAGCGCACCUCCUCGACGACGUCAUCGACGCGCUCGCGCUCGAGCUCGAGGCCGGCACGGCCGGCGGGCCCGAGCCGCUCCAGGCCUACUUUGCGCGCCGGACCUUCACGUUCGCGCUCGGGACCGAGCACAAGCUCUAUGGGUUGCUCUCGGAGGCGGUGGCGGCAGGAGGCGCGUAG